GUCAAAGUUGUCAACAAACAAACGGGCGUGUUGCACGCGCUUGUUGAUGGUGCAGUCUCACGUGUGAAAAGUUUUUUAAAUUAAAUUUUGUUGGAAAAAAAUCCGGCUUCAAAAUGAGUGAAUUCAUCGAAAAGCGGCGCGAGCUGUCCAUCAAGGAGUACGAGUUCAUGAAGCUGCUGAAGCUGUUCACGGAGGACGAAAUCCGGGAGAUCAAGUCGAAGCGCUUCGCGCACGAAAACAAGGUCGAGCGGCGGGCGAAGGAGCUGGCGGAUUUCAUCGGGUACAUCGCGUACGAGUGCAACCUGCUGCAGCUGCUGGGGGAGCGCCGGAAGAAGCUGCGGGUGCACGAUGGGCGGCACAGCUUGGAGAGUAGCAUUCAUCACAGGAUAAAGAUGCUGUAUAAGCGGGGGAUGGACCGGUUUCCGUCGGAGUAUCGGCUGUGGGUGCACUAUUUGGGCCAUUGCGAGCGGUAUUCGAUGCUGCCGGAGGGUUCGCGAACGCUGGACAAGAUGCUGAACUAUCACGGGGAUAAGCCGAAGGCGUGGAUUCGGGCGGCGGAGUGGGAGUAUGGACGGGUGAAGAACAUGGAACGGGCGCGGCACUUUAUGUUCCGGGGGUUGCAGCGGCAUCCGGAUUGUAUGGAGCUGUAUUUGAGCUUUUUGGGGUUGUUGGUGAAGGAGGCGGUUAAGAUUGUGAAGGAGUCGGAGGAGGGCGUUGAGGAGUUGCUGGAGAGGGAGGAUUCUGCGUUUAGGAAGACGUUGGAGAGCGUGAAUUUGAUUUACGAGCAUUACAAGAAGCGGGAACCGAGUUUGGAGUUUUACGUGAAGCUGCUGGACGCGUUGAAGCACAAGUCGGAGGUCAAGUCGUUUGCCGUGGUGGUUUUGAAGGACUUGAAGGAGCAGUUUGCGACGAAGGAAGCGAUGUGGAGUGCGUUGGCUCAACUGGCGCUGGACGGAUCAUACCUGUUGGAUGAUGGGAAGGACAUUUCCUUCACGGAACGCCUCAAGAAUUGCGUCGGAAUCUACGACGAAGCCGUAGAAACUCUUUCGACAAAGCAAAUGUGGACUUUGUACGUGGACGCCGUCUUGAAACUCAACGAGGACAUGUCUUCCCAUCAGAAGUUGCGGCGAAAAACGCUUGGAAGCGUGUUUAAAAAGGCUUUUGAGAGUGGCUCACUUGAGGAAGACAAGUACGUUCAGUACCUGAAGCUGAUGAUCAACGUCGACCAACCGCAAGAAUCGUUGGUGACCGCCGUGCUGACCAAAGCCAUUGAAUCGUAUCCAAAUAGCACGAAAUUGUGGGUUCUCCACUUGACCUUCCUCGCCAAGCAGGAAGCUCCGGCCAACGAAAUCGAAGACAUCUUCAAAAAGGCCCUCGCCAACUGCACCGAAGACCUGCUCUCGCUGUGGACCGUUCGCUUCCAGUACUACCACACCCGGACCGACCUCCCAAAGGCACUCGAGCAAACCUUCAAAGAUGCCAUCGUCCAACCGCCCACAAUUGCGUCCCACUUCCAACCGCUCUACCUGGAAUUCCUCGUCGUGACGCGCAACAUCGACGCCGCCCGCAAAAAGUACCUCGAAAUCCAAAAGAACUGCGCCCCCUGCCUGGAACUGCACCGCAAAAUGUCCCAACUGGAAUCCAUCCAGGCCCAACCCAACGUCGGCCACUGGCGCAAAUGCCACGAAAACGCGUCCCACUUCUUCGGCACCGACAACAUCGACGUCUGGAUCGACUUCCUGGCCUUCGAGCGGGAUCACGGCUCGCCCCGCAACAUGCAACCCGUUUUCGAACGCGCCAAGACUCGGCUGGACGCGGACCUGGUCGCCGGCUUCGUCACCGAGUACGAACUGUUGAAAAAUCCGUUGAUUUAAGCAUAUUCUGUUAACCGAGUUUAUUUUUGCAACAUUGAAACAAGCUCACAAUAAAAAAAACAACCUUUCUAGAACUCCAA